CUCCCAGUCCCACCACAGCUGUUCCUUACACGUCAGUGAAGUGCAUUGACGUAAGAAAGAACCACCACAAAACCAAGUGGCUGAUGCCCUGGGGACCCAACCACUGCGAGAAGCUCAAAGACUUCGACGAGGCGGUGAGCAGGCAGAUCGAAGCCAACGAUAUCGUGUUUGCCGUGCACAUUCCCCUCCCCAGGAAGGAGAUGAGCCCCUGGUUCCAGUUCAUGCUUUUCAUCAUGCAGCUGGACAUCGCGUUCAAGAUGGACAACGACCUAAAAGAAAAUGCAGAAAUUACCCUGGAUGUGUCAUUAGCAUAUCGCGAUGGCAUGUUUGAUGACUGGGAAGAAAUAGCACAUGCAAUAGAGAUCAGGAAGCUGAAAUGCACCUUUGGCUCACCAAAAACCCUGGAAUCCGAAGGCCGUCACUACGACUGUGACUUCCUUCCCUUCAUGGAGAUCGGCAGCGUGGCCCACAAAUACUACCUCAUCAACAUCCGCCUCCCUGUGAACGAGAGGAAGGGCAUUAAUGUGGGCAUUGGGGAAAUCAAGGAUAUCCGCCUCGUGGGCAUCCAUCAAAACGGAGGCUUUACAAAAGUGUGGUUUGCCAUGAAGACCUUCCUCACCCCCAGCAUUUUAAUUAUCAUGGUCUGGUACUGGAGACGGAUCACGCUGAUGACACGCGCUCCUGUCCUGCUGGAGAAGGUCAUCUUUGCUCUGGGAAUUUCCAUGACGUUCAUUAACAUCCCUGUGGAGUGGUUUUCCAUCGGAUUUGACUGGACUUGGAUGUUGCUCUUUGGAGACAUUCGACAAGGCAUUUUCUAUGCUAUGCUCCUGUCAUUCUGGAUCAUCUUUUGCGGAGAGCAUAUGAUGGACCAGAACGAGCGGAAUCGUCUCUCGGGGUACUGGAAGCAGGUUGGACCCAUAGCUGUUGGCUCCUUCUGCCUCUUCAUCUUUGACAUGUGCGAGAGGGGAGUGCAGCUGAAGAACCCCUUCUACAGCAUCUGGACCACCGAAGUUGGCACGGAGCUGGCUGUAUCCUUCCACCCGGCUCGGGGCAGGCUCGGUCUGUGUCG